GUGAACAUCAUUACUUUGUCUUUGAAUGUUCUCAUCGUUCAACAGUUGCUGGGUUCGCUACAUUAAGUGUACGCGGGAACUACGACGGAGUAGGAUGAAGUGUCGUUUGACGUUCUUAAAUUUACUUCACUUAUUAAUAUUCGUGCAAUGUGAACUGUUUUGGAAUUUCCCACGUAAUUCAAGGGAAGUUUUUCAUGCGUAUGUGAAUGAAAAAGCACAUACUAUACAAGUAUUUCCGUCAAUUCAAGUUAAACUAACUAAUGAUUCAAAACUAUGUUCCAUCUCAUUACUAUCAUCUGGCAGAAAUAGUGUUCCUAACUUUAUUCAUGGUAAUGUUUUAAACCAAGAGAAAGGAUAUGGUUAUUUAACUUUCAAUGAAACAUCAUAUCGUCAUGCUAAAAGUUUGGGUAGUUUAGAAGCUAGAACAGGAUUUUAUCAUUUGAAAAUAAUAGCUGAAGACUGUUCUCAUCCAACAAAGUCGACAAAAUCUUGGCCAAUUACAUUUGAACAUAUUCAAUCUGAUUUACCAAUUUGGUCUAAAACAAAAUAUGCAUUUGAAAUAGGUUCAUUACAUAGACCAGGUCAUGAAGUUGGUAAAGUGACAGCAUACACAUCAGCUAUAAAUAUGACAGAAAAUGAUAAUUUUUUAUACGGUGAUGAUACAGGUAUGUGCGCCUAUACAAUACAAGAUCCAAGUUAUUCAUUCGCAAUUGAUGGGCACGAUACAAAUUUCACAUAGGAGUGUAUUAACUGGAAUCAAAAUAUGAGUUCAGUUCUACAAAGAACUUACAAGUUAGAUAUACCUGCUUCAUACUGUAUUUGGACUCAAACACUUAAAACAACAAAAACAUAUUAUUCACUAAGCUACUGUAUCUAGAUAGACACUAUUUUAUUCAAGUUGGAAAAAGCACUAAAUAGGAUGAAAUACACCUCAUCGAUUUCUCUCGUAAUUACAAUGUAAAGACUGAUCAAUUGCAGUCUUCAACCUCAAUGGGAAGAUACAAGCCAAACAAUACCAAGUGAAUUCAAAUUCACCCCAUUGCACAAGCAAGUGGCUAUCAGGACUCAGUAGCUAAGAGGAUAACGCGAUGGCGUUUGAAGCGAAUGAUAGUGGGUUCGAGUCCCAGAGUAUACAUCAACUCUCUGAGAUGCAGGUACAUUCAGCUGACGAGUCCUAAAUAAGACGAAACACGCGUCCUGGAUUCCACUGCUAGCCACUAUCCAUCAUUGCUUACAAAUAGCCUGUGAAUUCAGGCAAUAUCGAGGCAUACGCACAGUAUGAACAUAUGCCAAUAACAUACUGAUCAAUUUCAGUCUUAAGCCUCAAUGGGAAGAUACAAGGCAAACAAUACCAAGAUAGGUAAAUCAGUCAGUCAGUCAGUCAGCUACAACGUAGGAUCAGGCACCUAUAUGCAUCGGUCCAAGUUGCCAUACCUCAUUAGCACAACAAGAUAAACACCGAAUUCAUAGCAGUAGUUACUUCAAUGGUAGUAAUAUAUAAAAGAAAGAUUGCAUAUAAGGAUAGCAAAGAAAGAAUUGGGGAAUUAUGUUACAAACUAUGGUGUUUCUGUUUGAGUUUUCUAGUAUUUAGCAUUAUGAUAACUUGUGAUUGUGUAAUGACUAUUCAGUCCAAACAAAUCUAAAACAGGUAGGUUCUGAAAUUCUAUUUUGUACAACUAAUUAAUGAAUAUUGAUAUUGAUAUGAUAAUGCAAGUUAACAGUAUUUUUUUAAAUGUACAAAUUUAGUUUCAGAUUCAGAUUUAUGUAGUAAGGACAGAAGGCCUACGGCCUAUGUUAUGCCUUUUCUAGUAUGCUUCUAUGAGUGUCCAGUAUUCUCUUGGAUGUGUCAAUUAAAGGUGCGGACACCAUUGCUUUGGGUAACAGGUUCCAAGAAUUGAUGACUCGGUGUGAAAACGUGUAUGCCACGGGUAUUUUGUUCGUUCUUAGCAUUCCUACUCACCUGCUACGUCCUCUGAAAUGUCCCGAUCCAAUGGGAAGAAAGAAAGAGAAUAUAUUAGGUUCAAAAUCAUUUCUUAGUAUUAUAUACAUCAAAAUUAGAUCACCUCUUAGUAUGAGAUAUAAUAGAGUAAAGAAUUAUAGCUUUUCAAGCCACUCUUUGUAUGACAGACCCCGGAGUUAUGGAAUUUCACGGGUACCUGCCCUUUAUACUUCUUCCAGGGUAUCCGAGUUACCUUUUAAACAGGGGCUUACAAACUGAACGCAGUUCUCAAGCCUAGUUCUCGCUAAGGUUGUGUAUACUGUAGUGAACAUGGCAGUAUCUAAAUUACUGAAUGUUCGUCUUAAAGCCCAUAGGGUUCUGAACGUCUUAGCUGUGGUCUUAAGGUCGUGACUCACUGUCACCUCAAGAUCCUUAUUAGGCCGGACCACGGGUACAGGCACUUCCCCUAUGCUGUACCUAUUCACCUUUGUAUCCCCAAAGUGCAUGUAGACGCACUUUACCGCGUUGAUAGGCAUCAGUCACUCUUUAGACUAAUUAAUCACUUUAUUUAAGUCUGCCUGAAUUGUACAUGCAUCUGCGUCUCCAGUUAUUACUCGCCGGAUUUUUACAUCGUCAGCGUAUAAUAACAUCUUGAACUGUACUAUGCUUGGGAGAUCAUUUACAUACAGUACAAAAAGUAAAGGACCUAGGAUAGAACCUUGAAACACUUUAUCAAUUACUGAUUUCUAAGUGGAGCACUUGGAAUUUAUUCUUACUUUCUGUCUACAACCUACUAGGAAUCUCCUGAUAGUGAUAAAUUCAACAAAAUGAAAUGAACUUGGAUUCAUUUGUUUGAGAAUUAUUUUUAUUGUCAUUGAAAUAUCAACAUUGUAUCCACUAUUAGCCAAAUGACAGAUACUUUCUCUGAAGAAGAUAUAGUUUCUUUUUAGUCUCAACUUUUGAAAUAUAUACAACGAGUAUAUUUCCAAUUUGGACUGAAACAUUCCUAUUUAGAUUAUGUGCUUCAUAAGCGGUUACCCAACUUUGAUGUAUCAUGAUAGAUAAAGCUUCACUAUGUGGGAUAUCUGAUGUUUGAUUUGAAUUUCGGUAUGUGGCAAUGAACAAAUUGGUCAUAUACAUUCAACUAGUGAGUUUGAAGUUUACUGAUAGAGAACUUCUAAAUAUGAAUUGAAACUGUAUUUAUGUAGCUCAAUAUUCCGAAUGAAUGAAAUUGUUAAGAGGAUAAUCUAGAAUUAUUUCGCAGAUAUAUAUACAAUUUAGUUCAUAAAGAGAAUGUAAUCAGAUAGUUCCCAAUACUAAAAUGUUAUAAAAAUAGAAUGCAAUACAAACCGAACUUUACUAGACAAAUCCUCAGGAACCUGAUAAUAUCGGUAUAGAGUUGUGGAGAUUGUUGAGCUUUUGAUUGAGAUCAUGAAUCGGUCAAUGUUAGAUCACCAUAGGCAACCUGGAACCAUUGUACGGUUGUUUCGUCCUAGUGUGUGACACCCCAGCAGUGCGCAUCCACGAUCCCACACACAGGAUUCGAACCCAGGACCUUUGAUCUCGUGCACGAACACUUAAUCUCUAGACCAUUUAGCCGAGACUAAACAGUGUUAAUGCCUAACUUCAACCAACCUAACAUCUUCCAUUGUCUUCAGUGGGUAACUUCCGUCCAGUUCUUCUAGGUUUUCAAUGGUCCUUUAAUAUUAAUUGGGUCAUAUUCUUAAUCAUAACCUGAUAUUAUUAAAUGCUUAUACUCCACUGGUUAGAAAUUCCUUCUCAAUUCUUAGUAUUAAUUCUUUUGGAUACUGAAGAUCCAAACCUGACUGUUAUGAACGGGGAAUUAAGAAGCCCAGACAAUUACGAAAGCUAUUUUCUUGGGACGUUAUUGCAUUUUAUUCAAAACCUGUAAAACACUUAUAUUUAUUUUUGUCCCUAUCUUAUUCUACAUAACACGAGCUUUCGUUCUAUGUAUCACUCACUAGCAUACCCUUUUUUGUUCCAAAAAUAUUGUAAUUUAAACAUAAUAUUUUGCACUGUAUUUUCUACCCUAAUUCCCUGUUUCGGGCAUAACUGUAUUUUUCCAAAUUAUCGUACGUCGUGGUCAAGAUAUUCAUUUAUUUAUUCAUGUACAUUUUUGUACUAAUUCGAAUUCAGAGAAUCCAGAGUUUAGUGUUCCA